AAUUUGUCACCUUAGUGCCCUUUCUUAUACCCGAUUUUAAGCACUGCCACUCACAGAGCAUCAUUAAGCAUGAUAUUUAAAGAUAUUAUGCACUCCUGUAUCAUAUGUGGCUAAAAUGAAAAAAAAAAACUCAAAUAGGGAUUGAAAUCUUUAAAUUGUACAUGGCGGGAUAAUCACACAAGUGCUCUUAUCUUCCCACAAGUUGUCAACACGAAAUUGAAUCAGAUACGCCACUGAAUUCUAGACCCUAUCAGUUCAGCUUAACCUAUGUUGUAAAAUGGAUUCAAACCAGCAGAAAUGAGUUGAGUAAAAUGGCUUUGUUUCACCUUCUUACGUAUUUAUAAUUCAUGUGAGUAUCUGCAAAUCAGUUUUUUUUCUCGUUCUUGGACAAAACACUAUGCGCCGGUUACCGCGUGUUUGGGUAUUACAGACAAUACAACAUUAUUAAAUACUAUAUUUAAGAUAACUGUAUUCUCUUUAAUGCUGCAUUUCAAGGGCGAAAAAAAAUCACGAGUAUUUUUUGUUCCUUGGUCUAGAAAUCUACAUAUAAAAUUAACCCUACUUGCCAGUAUCCAUGCCUAAAUGUUGACAUACCAUAAUGUUACACGUCAACUUUAAUGACAUCUUAAACAGGAAUUACACAUGUCUGUCUCAGUUUUCUUCUGAGAGUAAUCGCAGUUCCUGGAGAUUUGCUUUUCAGUGUAUAUAAUAUCAGCAUUACACUGAGACACGUGAUUAGAAGAAGCUUGUAUCAAUCUCUAAUAAUUCAGUAACAAUUUUUACACAUCCAUUCAGAUCUACAUCAUGAUACUGAGGUACAGAGCAAGUAUGUUUUCUAGAAGAAUUGAGGAUGACUGGUCGAGCACGUUGUAUUUCAUCUCUGCUGAUUAUGACAUAUCGUUUUACGAAAAUGCAAGACAGCGGCACUUUUUCCUUUUUAAACAAACCGUCUAAUUAUUUCAGAAUUAGUUAUACGUUUACGUUUUAGCUGACUUAUUAUUUAACAUUUCCUCUGCCCAUAUCCAUUUUCUUAAGUUUGGCAGAGUCUGUUGCUUUUAGUUCCUUAGUUGUAGAAGUCUCUACACAGAGCAAGUCAUAGUACCAGCCUCACAAGGACGCCCAAUGACGAAGUAGGUGAAUUACAGGGUGUCAACAGUGUUGUAUCUAGUAUCCCCACAGCAUCAUCAGCAAUCAGUUUAAGGCCCUUUCUAAGAUAUCCGCGUCGUGUUGGAGAGAUAAAGUUUGGGAAAAGCCGGUAUGCUGCAGUAGAACAAAUUCAAAACUGACUGAAGAAAACAUUAUAGUCGUAUGGGAGGGAUCGUGAAACCAGUCAAAAGACAACGAGUCUCCUUAAUUCAUACUACUAGUAGUUAUGUGCUAAUUGUUCUAUAUUAACUUCUUGUUUAACGCUAUAUUUGAUUAUCUCGUGGGUUGGGAAAUACUGCUAAAAAAUAAUCAGUUCUGUGCUACUAACCCAAACAAGUAACAAAACAGACAGAUUUAUACUGAGGAAAUCCAGACGACGGAGGGUAUCCGACCAGAAAUAUAAGUAACAAUUUUAUUUUAGAAAAAAGUAAUAUGUAGAAUCAGUAAUCAGCCCCAGACGAAUAUCAGUUAGUCAACUCAGAGAAGACAAUAUCGCCUCUUCCUACAACAGUCUGCAGCUACUGCUGUCCGUGGUGCUGAAAAGGUUGGGCGUUACAACUGUCCCAGGCAACCUCGCUUGGAAAAUUUAUACGGAUUGUCGAAGGACGCCCUGUACCCAGCAGUUGGUCCCCUCCACUAAUGGAUGCACGUCUAUUUAGUUAUCGGCACUCUUCUCCCCCGUAGCAAAUUCCCUGUCUGCGCUGCAGAUGCAGAAUAUAGCCUAACUGCUGCUCCUACAGUUCGUUUUCCAUCCUAACCAAACAAGCGCCUUCAUUUGCCUGGCUUCUUAGACUUCAUCAGUGUUUACACCAGUAGUGCUACAGUGCUCCAUUCCAUUAUUUCUCUGGAUUUGAUCUACAGCUUUUGUGCAAAAGGUCAGGGAAGGCUUUAUACGUCUGUACACUUUUUAACAAGCUAUAAAUGUGAACUGAAGUUGCUAGGAGCCCCUUUCGUAUAUCUGGAUUUCACACUGUAUGAAAUGCAUUUGAAGAUACACAUGCUUUUGAACAAUACCGGGGCUGCCUCGUGUGUAAGUUUGGUUUGUUGUGACAAACUACAAACUACUUGUCUUAUGUCUCUAAUUGGAAGUAGCAAUAUUCAUUACUGAAUAUGGUAUCAUGUAAUUAACAUGUGGUGCUCUGAAUCUCUUUCAAACUGGACUAGUUAAGUUGAAGUCCAAUCUGGUGAAUACAGAUAAUAGUGCCAUUAGAAAACUCCAGGCUAAAUUCCAGCAUCACAAGCAAGCUUUUCAAUGCAUCAGAAUGCAUCUGGGUUUGUGAAUUCUAGAGUCGUCCACAAACAGCCUUGGAAGGCCUCGUUCCGUUUGGCAUUGCUAUCGCCAGAACCCACAACACAUAGUAUAACAUCACUCAGCUUGUAUAUGCCUGUAUUUUGAAUAAGGGACAUUAGAAUCCUUUCUUCCCUCUUCUAAGUAAAUUGUGUCGCGAGGAAACUGAAUUUAUUAGGCUGACAAGAGCAGUCUUCACAGAAUUGUUGGAUUUCUACUGUGUACUUGUUUUUUUGUUACAGCUUCUUACUUUAUAUGGGGAACAUCUGGAUGUACUUCAAGAUCUGAAUUAGAGCUAGAAUCGUCUUUACUGAGGAUGACCACUCAGUUUUUCAAUGUAGCAAGUUUGCUUCUGCUAGCUAUAGCAAUCGUAGUCACACCUGCAGCGAUCAAUCAUGAAGAUUAUCCAGCUGACGAAGGGGAGCAAACAUCAAGUAAUGACAACCUGAUCUUUGAUGACUACAGAGGAAAGGGGUGUGUGGACGACAGUGGAUUUGUGUAUAAACUGGGAGAACGUUUCUUCCCUGGGCACUCAAACUGUCCGUGUGUUUGCACUGUGGAUGGACCAGUGUGUGACCAACCAGAAUGUCCGAAGAUCCACCCGAAAUGUUCGAAGGUGGAACAUAAUGGUUGCUGUCCGGAGUGCAAGGAAGUAAAAAACUUCUGUGAAUAUGGUGGAAAGACUUAUAAAAUUCUGGAGGAAUUUAAGCCUUCCCCUUGUGAGUGGUGCCGUUGUGAGCCCAGCAAUGAAGUUCAUUGUGUGGUUGCUGACUGUGCAGUUCCAGAAUGUGUAAAUCCAGUCUAUGAACCAGAGCAGUGCUGUCCUGUUUGCAAAAACGGUCCAAACUGCUUUGCAGGGACUACAAUAAUCCCAGCUGGUAUAGAAGUAAAAGUGGACGACUGCAACAUCUGUCACUGUCAUAAUGGGGACUGGUGGAAACCUGCUCAAUGCUCCAAGCGAGAGUGCCAUGGCAAACAAACAAUGUGAAAUGAAUCCAAAUAGUAACUGGUUCAAACCCUGCCCAGGCACUUUGAACUCACCAGCAAAACUUUUUUAACAUUUCAAAAACAGACAAUUUUACUGGAGGAAAAGAUAAGAUUAUUUUCGUGAAAUGAGAUGAGCGAUGCCUGAGUUAAAGAAGAAUGUCAAAACCGGUAACAUGUCCAGAUGGUCAAGAACUCUGCAAUUAAAUAUAGUGUGAUAUGGACAUCAUUGAAAGGACGUAACAUUUUAGCUGAAUGUCCUGGAUGUAGUCACCUCACCAUCUGACUAAACCAAAUCUUUGACCAUCACUAUGAAGUGUAAAAUUCAAAACUAUACUAAUAUGAAUUAACAGUUUUACACUGGCAUUGAACUGAUGCAUAAACAGUUAUUAAAGUAGAUUUGAAAAACUGUUGGAAAGUUGUGUGGGCUGCAAACGUCUAUGAGGUCAGUCAGUCAUUUGGCUAACUAUAAUGUGAAACUGGCCCAUAAACUAAUGUCAAUGCUUAAGUUAGAGAUGGUAAAAUAUGUCUAAUGUGAGCUUCUUUAGACCGAGAUACUAUUUUAAAGAUGCACAAAACCACUUUCACAUAGCCUAUUUAAGGUUGCUGUGUUAUUUUUUGACACCAUUGCCUUUUAAUCAUCUCAGAAUUUAAAUAAGUGACUAUAGCUAGGUGCUGCAAAGAAGAUUCUCAUAGCCACUGUGGAUUAAUGUUUCAUAGCAUUGUGUUCCAUAGCAACAUCCAGUGAAGUCUCUUUGAUGGAAUGGACAAGCAGUAUGGAUCCGCAUUUUGUUCUGACAUCUAAGAUUAACUUUAAGAGGAUUGUUAGUCUAAAAACAAGGUGUUAAAUUUAUUGUGUGUCCAUGUGUUGCCACUGAUACUUAAAUCAUGCUUCUGAAAAACUGAAUUAAAUAUUCUUCAAUUUCUUUAAACAAAAUAUAUUUUAUCAACAGAUGUCUUAAAAUCACCUUAAGUGUUUAUGAAUGAUGAUUUCCAGGUGUUAUUUAAAAGCAUAUUACCUUGUAAUUUGUUUCAUUUUUUCACCUUUUAACCCUUGAGUACCUUGAACUUCUACAUAUAAAACUCAUCUGGAAUCUUGUAAUUUGAAA